AUGAGUCUACAUGCGAUACUCCCCUGCGCGCUGUCGCUUAUCGCCGAACCGAAAUCCGAUGACCCAAUCCUUCGAUGCAAUGAAGAGCUCGACGUGCAAGACGUCCUCUUCAACGGUACUGAAAAGGCGCUCGAGUUUUCCAACAAAAAACUAAACGUGUUUCCUUUCAGUGGGGUACAAAUUCAAUGGCGACGACUCUACACCGACGCGUCCAUCAUUAAAGCCUGCGUCAUCAUCAUCACUAGAUGCAACAUAUGCUCGGAAGAUACAUUCAAAACGCGUCUCGAUGUUCCGCAACUUAUUGAAGAAACCAAGAAAUUCAAACAUAGGCCACAAAUUUCUCCAAACGCGCCAUGGAUAUCGGAAGUCGUGCAAAUCCUCGACAAUGCCUUGAUCAUGACUGGAGCACCCUGCCGUGAGAAACUCAUCGAAGAUUUACUGAGCGCACUAGAGGACGCCACAAGCCCUCCACGGCUUGAUGAAGACAGCGACACGGAAUACUUCCGCUCAAAACGCAGGAAAUUCUCACCUCCCCUCUUCCCUCCAAAUGCGCUCCCCAACCCCGACCUUGAACACCCCAUACCGCGUUUGUCGGCGCCAUCUUUUGAUUCCAUCGAACUCCACAUUCAAAAUAUCCGGACCCCGCUGGUGAUAACCGACGCGAUAGAACAUUGGCCGGCCAUAACAACGCGCCCAUGGGCUUCACGGGACUAUUGGUGGGAACGCACGUUCGCGGGUCGCAGAUUAGUUCCCAUCGAGGUGGGAAGGUCAUAUACCGACGAGCAAUGGGGACAGAAGAUCGUUUCCUUUGGAAGUUUUGUGGACAAUUACAUUUGGCACGGGAAUCCGACAUCAACCAGCUCCCACAAAAGCGAAUAUCAGGAAACCCAGAAAGAUACCGAGACAGCCUACUUAGCCCAACAUGACUUGCUCACACAAAUUCCCAAGUUGCGCAGCGACCUCAGCAUCCCGGAUUAUUGCUACAUCAAUCCGCCGGCCCCGGAGCCUGGAACUCCAGUCUAUGAUAACAAAAAACGUCAACGCGAGGAAGCGAAAGCGAAAGCAGUAGUGCAGACAUCUGAAUCGUGUUCAAACUCGCAGGACCCUGAACAGACCCCUGAAAUAGACGCAGAUGACAGGGAAUCAGACGAGGAAACACAUAUUCCCAAGGACCCGUUGAUCAACAUAUGGAUGGGUCCCUCGUCCACUAUUUCCCCUCUUCACCAUGACCCUUAUCACAACAUCCUCGCGCAGGUCGUGGGCACGAAGUAUAUUCGCUUGUACUCGCCACACACGCCUGCCUCCCAGAUUUACCCACGGGGCAAGGAGGUGGUCACAAUUGUUGACAAGUCGGCUGAUCCAGACCCCGUAACCGGAGCCCAGCCGUUGGCUAGCCAUUUGAUUGACACCUCUAACACGUCCAAAGUUGACCUAGCUGCUAUCGAGCAGUCUCCCGCCGAGUUCGAUCAAUGGGAAGAGAUGUGGCCUGGGUUCAUGGAUGCUGAGUACGUGGAGACUGUUCUCCAUGAGGGGGAAUGUCUUUACAUUCCUGUUGGGUGGUGGCAUUAUGUGCGUGGCUUGAGGGCUGGCAUCAGCGUGAGCUUUUGGUGGGAAUGA